AUGUCUCUGGAGAAAGGCGCCACGAUGUCUAGCAACAGCCAUGUGCACAGAAUCGGUGAGGAUAAAAAAGGACUCGAUUGGGAGGCUCUGAGUGAGGACGUGCACAUCAUGGUGCUGCGCAAGCUUCCGGUCUUCAGCCUGAUCAGAGUGCGAGGCGUGUGCAAGAGGUGGAAUCAUCUGAUCCGGUCUCACGAGAUGUGGGCUCCUCAACACCCGGGGCCGAGGGCAGUGCCGAUUUAUUUCAGCCACGGGCAAUUGAUCGUGUUCGAUCAUCGGAAGAAUUGCUGGGAGGAGCAAAGCCUGGACUACGUGAAAUUCCCUUCCCACUCCCUGUCACUGCUCGAUUCAGCUGGCGGCCUGCUCUGUUUCAAGACCAGCGCGACCGGAGAACUCAUAGUGUGCAACCCGAUCUCCAUGGAAUGUCAGUACUUACGACUGCCACAAGGCUUCAGCGUCGAGGCCAUCACGGAUCCAUUGCCCAACCUUCUGAAGCCCGUGGUCACUCUGGAGGGCGGCAAGGAGGCCAUCGAGGCUUUCCAAAGGUCGUUCGGAAAGGAGGUUGUGGUGGGCUUGGUCACCGAGAGGCACAAGCAGUGGUACAAGCUCGUGGUGGCAGGAAUCCGCAGCGAGGAGAGCACAGCAGCAGCAGCAGCAGCAGCAGCCGAGAGGGCCACUCUGGUCUACGAUUCGUUCACGGAGAGGUGGAGCACGGGGGCCGAGGUGCCCAAGGGAGCCAGAUUUUGGGAGUCUGGCAAGACCGUGAACGUCGAUGGCUCGCUCUACUGCCUCACCUUCACGGCCGGGCUGGCCAGCGGCACCUGCGGGCUCGAUUGGCCCUGGAGCAUCGUCAGAUACAAUUCGGAUGCCGACGUGUGGAGCGAGAUCCGCCUCGGCCGACGAGGCUCCAUUCUGCCGCAGCUCGUCGAGCACCGAGGGCGCAUUCUGGUGGUGCAGCGCAACGGGAAGUCGCAGAAUGAGAUCUCGAUCUCGGAGCUGAAAGAGGACGAGCCCAUGUGCGCCUUGACGACGAGGCAUUUGCCGUCCUGCUUGUUUCCUCCGAAGCCGGGCAAGCGGUGCCCCAUGAUUAUGCAGGACUGGUGCGUCGGCCAGGGCGACUGGCUCUACGUUGCCGGGCGCCAUCGCGAGAGCCAAGCCGAUGCCGCGGCGGGCCCGCGAGGCCUCGUCAUCCUCGCUCACAGCUUCAGCGAAGAUGUCUGGAUCCGGCUCCCGACCAUGGCCGAUGCUCCUACUUUACGUGGCCACUUCUCCGCUGCCCUUCACGGCUUCCACAACGCGACGUGGCUGCACGCUUUCGAGCCCUCGUUGGGUGCCCGAGUUUGA